CUAAGAUGGCAGAAAAUUUACAAGAUGAAAAAAAGGGAGAAAACAAAACACCAGAACAACUUGCCAAAUGUUUUCCAAUUAUGUCGAAAUUCAUCUCACCUCAUUUGUUAUCAUUGCUUACAUAUUUUAAUAGUGAUUUAGAUGGGUUUAAUUACUGUGAUCAUAAUUGUAGAAUAGAAAAAUGUGAGCAUGGAGAGAAGAUAGGGAAAUGCAAACAUAAAUGUCAGAAAUGUAAGCAUAAAAAAGAACCAGGUAAUUGCAAUGAAUGUGAUGAAAAUAAAGAAUGUGAACACGAAAAAAUUUAUACCAUAUCUCAAAAAGAUUAUGAUUUUGCACAUAUGGUCUGGCAAGAAACAGAAUGCAAGACUUUUGGAGAUUAUCACGAUAUCUAUCUUAAAACUGAUGUAUUGAUUUUAGCAGACGCAUUCGAGGCAUUCUGUAAAGCCUCAUAUUCAGCAUUCAAGCUCGACCCAGCAAAUUAUUUAACUGCACCAGGAGAUAUGCACGAUUUCUUUACAGCAAUGAAAAGGAGAGGAAUGUCUUUGGCUAGAUGUCAUAUAGCUAGAGCAAAUAUUCCAGGGUUAGAGGGGUAUGAUGGAAAAAAAUCGAAAAAGUGGCUUUUGUAUCUAGAUGCUAAUAAUCUAUAUGGUUGGGCAAUGAGUCAGUAUUUACCAACUGAAGGAUUUAAAUGGCUAUUAACAAAACCCCUCGAAGCGACUUCCCCAUUAAUGCAGAAAAUUUUAUUACUAAAAGAAAAAUCAAAUCGAGGAUGUUGUUUAGAACAAAAAGAAUGGAUAGGAAAACAACGUCCUGAUACAGAAAAACUUAUACUAACUCUACAUGAUAAAGACCAUUACGUUAUUCAUUAUAGAAAUCUACAGCAGUGUAUAAGAGAGGGGUAUGUUCUAGAAAAAGUAUACAGAGUUUUAGGUUUUGAACAAUCUCCUUGGAUGGAAUCCUAUAUAGCAAUGAAUACACAACGACAUGCAAAAGCAAAGAAUGUCUUUGAAAAAGAUUUCUGGAAAUUAAUGAAUAAUUCAGUAUUUGGGAAAACUAUGGAAGACGUAGGUGAAGAGCAUCGAUUACGCAGACUAAUUUCUGAUCCAGCUUUCGUUAGUCGGAAAAUUUUCUAUGGAGCAAAUUUAGUAGCAGUACAUCGAAGGCAAACUAAUGUAAAGUUAAAUAAACCGGAAUAUGUGGGAGCAUGUAUUCUCGAUCUUUCUAAAUACUUUAUGUAUGACUUCUGGUAUGGACAUCUCAAAAAGAAAUAUGGAGAUCGGGUAAGACUUUUAUAUACAGAUACUGAUUCUUUAAUCAUAGAAAUUGAGACCGAAAAUAUUUAUCAAGACAUGAUCGAUGAUUGUGAUUUAUUUGAUUUUAGUGACUAUCCAGAAGAUUAUUGGGUACUAAAAAAUCUUCCAGAAGAUCAGUGGAUAAUCAAUGAUGAAGGUAAGUGGAAGGAUGAAAAUGGAGGAGAUCAAGCUAUAGCCUAUGUAGGAGUUCGAGCAAAAUGUUAUAGUGUUGUGUGUGAAAAUUCCAGAAAAAAUAUGAUAAAGGCUAAAGGUCUUAAAAAGUCUCUUAUCAAGAGAGAGCUCACACAUAAAAUAUUCGAGGACUGUGCUUUAGAAGGAAAAAAGGAUCAGCCACGAACUGCUCAAUUCCUCCGAAGUUACGGACAUCGAAUGUAUAGAAUAAAGCAAACAAAGAGAAGUAUUAAUCCACUAGAUACAAAAUUGUGGAUAGAUCAAGAUGGGAUUACAACAUACCUAUAUGGUGAUUGUGAAAUUCCGGAAGAAUAUAUAUAG